AUGGUGGUCACUCUGCUUCUUAUUGCAUCUGACUUUACUAAUGCCAGGAGGCAGCCUUUUUCUCUUAAACUGAAUGCAAAAUUGCAAACCGGCUUUAAAUUGUUCCAUCAACAUGCGACUAUACAAUCUGCUCCUGUUCUUCCUCCACCAGAUGGUCAAGACCAGCUUGGCUUCAAGCCAAGUCCAUCUGCAAAAUUGCAAACUGGCUUUAAAUUGUUCCAUCAACCUGAUACUAUACAAUCUGCUCCUGUUAUUCCUCCACCAGACGGUCAAGACCAGCUUGGCUUCAAGCCAAGUCCAUCUGCAAAAUUACAAACUGGCGUUAAAUUGUUCCAUCAACAUGCGACUAUACAAUCUGCUCCUGUUCUUCCUCCACCAGACGAUCAAGACCAGCUUGGCUUCAAGCCAAGUCCAUCUGCAAAAUUGCAAACCGGCGUUAAAUUGUUCCAUCAACAUGCGACUAUACAAUCUGCUCCUGUUCUUCCUCCACCAGACGGUCAACACCAGCUUGGCUUCAAUCCAAGUCCAUCUGCAAAAUUGCAAACCGGCUUUAAAUUGUUCCAUCAACAUGCGACUAUACAAUUUGCUCAUGUUCUUCCUCCACCAGACGGUCAAGACCAACUUGGCUUCAAGCCAAGUCCUUUUGCAAAAUUGCAAACCGGCGUUAAAUUGUUCCAUCAACAUGCGGCUAUACAAUCUGCUCCUGUUCUUCCUCCACCAGACGGUCAAGACCAGCUUGGCUUCAAGCCAAGUCCAUCUGCAAAAUUACAAACCGGCGUUAAAUUGUUCCAUCAACCUGAUACUAUACAAUCUGCUCCUGUUCUUCCUCCACCAGACGGUCAACACCAGCUUGGCUUCAAUCCAAAUCCAUCUGCAAAAUUGCAAACCGACUUUAAAUUGUUCCAUCAACAUGCGACUAUACAAUCUGCUCAUGUUCUUCCUCCACCAGACGGUCAAAACCAAGCCAAGUCCAUCUUCUUUUAG